UCGGCGAGCUCGCCCCGUCCGCCUUCGUCGCGCUGGUCUGCGGGUGCUCCGUCUCAGCGAGAGGAGGGAUGCGAACGGCGAGAGAGAGGAACGGGAGACGGGCGAGAAUGAUGGCGAGAAGCGGCCAGGAGAAAGUGCGCAGGGCAUGAAUAAAAAGGGCUUUGAGCAGCAGACUGAGCGUUCACCGCGCUGGGGGGCUCGGCUAUGAGAGAUUCGCUGAAGGGGCACUUUGAGAUAUGAUGUGGUCUCCUCCUGGCUGGCAGUAGUACUAUGAUUUGGUAUGUGGCCACUUUGAUAGCAAGUGUGUUCAGCGCCCGAGGAUCGGCCGCUCAAGGUGCCCGCGGAGUCAGAGAGGAGCCCCAGUUUGUGACGGCACGUGCAGGAGAGAGUGUCAUCCUAGGAUGUGACGUGGCCCAUCCCCUGAACGGGCAGCCCUACGUGGUGGAGUGGUUCAAGUUCGGAGUGCCCAUCCCAUUCUUCAUCAACUUCCGCUUCUACCCUCCCCAUGUGGACCCAGAGUAUGCCGGCCGAGCCAGCCUGUACGGCAAGUCCUCGUUGCGGAUCGAGCAGGUGCGAUCGGAAGACCAGGGCUGGUACGAGUGCAAGGUCCUGAUGCUGGAGCAGCAGUACGACACCUUCCACAAUGGCAGCUGGGUGCACCUCACGGUGAACGCUCCUCCCACUUUCACGGACACACCCCCGCAAUAUGUGGAGGCCAAGGAAGGGGGCAGCAUCACCCUGAGCUGCAUCGCGUUUGGGAACCCCAAGCCCGUGGUCAGCUGGCUGAGAGAGGGGCAGCUCCUGGAGGACAGUAGGAAAUACAAGGUGAGCGAUGGGAGCCUGACGGUGCAGUCAAUCAACCGGGAAGACCGGGGGGCCUACACAUGCCGGGCGUACAGCGUGCAGGGGGAGGCUGUCCACACCACGCGCCUGCUGGUCCAAGGACCACCAUUUAUUGUAUCACCACCUGAAAACAUAACAGUCAACAUAUCCCAGGACGCAUUCUUCACUUGCCAAGCAGAGGCGUAUCCUGGCAACCUGACGUACACCUGGUUCUGGGAGGAAGAUAACGUCUUCUUCAAGAAUGAUCUGAAGCGCAGAGUUAGCAUUCUGAUUGAUGGCUCCCUCAUCAUCUCCCAAGUCAAACCAGAGGAUGCUGGGAAAUACACGUGCAGUCCCAGCAACAGCCUUGGCCGGCCGCCCUCUGCAUCGGCGCACCUGACGGUGCAGUACCCUGCCCGAGUCGUGAACAUGCCUCCUGUCAUCUACGUCGCAAUCGGACUGCCAGGCUACAUCCGCUGCCCGGUGGACGCCAACCCACCCGUGACAUCAGUCAAAUGGAAAAAGGAUGGACUCCCUCUGAGAGUCGAAAAGUACCCCGGCUGGACCCAAAUGGAAGAUGGAAGCAUUCGUGUGGCGGAGGUGACAGAGGAUUCUCUCGGCACCUACACCUGUGUGCCUUACAACGUCCUGGGUACCAUGGGACAGUCACCCCCAGCCCCCCUGGUGCUAAAGGAACCCCCCAAAUUCUCGGUGGUCCCUGGAGGGGAAUACCGACAGGAGGCUGGGAGAGAGCUGGUUAUCCCCUGUGAGGCUGAAGGAGACCCCUUUCCAAACAUCACAUGGAGGAAGGUAGGGAAGCCCAGCCGAAGCAAGCACAACGUCCUACCAACUGGCAGCUUACAGUUCAAGUCCCUCAGCAAGGAAGAUCACGGGGAGUGGGAGUGUGUCGCCACCAACGUCGCCACGAGCAUCACUGCCAGCACGCACCUCCUGGUGAUCGGCACAAGCCCACACGCCCCGACCAACAUCCAUGUUUCGGCCUCGACGACCUCGGCCAACGUCUCCUGGGAGCCCGGAUAUGAUGGCGGACAUGAGCAGACAUUCUCAGUCUGGUACGGCCAUGUGGUGAAGAGGGCGCAGCUGGGGCCUCACGACUGGCUCUCUGUGCCUGUGCCCGUAGCUCAGAACUGGCUGCUGGUGCAUGGCCUGGAAUCCGAGACGGCGUACCAGUUCAGCGUCCUGGCACAGAACAAGCUAGGCACAGGACCCUUCAGCGAGGUCGUCACUGUGAACACGUUAGUAUUUCCUAUAAGUACCCCUGAACCACUGGUGCUGCUUACCCCACCAAGGUGCCUCACAGCCAAUCGGACACAGCAGGGAAUCCUACUGACGUGGAUCCCGCCAGCCAAUCACACAUCGCCAAUCGAUCGCUACAUCAUGGAAUUCCGCCUCGGUGAGAGGUGGGAUGUUCUGGACGAUGCAAUCCCAGCUGGAGAAACUGAGCUGCUGGCUAGAGACCUUGUCCAGGAGUCAUGGUAUGAAUUCCGAGUGAUGGCCGUCAUGGAAGACCUCAUCAGUGAGCCCAGUAAUGUUGUGGGAGUUUCGAGUACAGAUUUCUUCCCACCCCCGGAGAUGGCGGACGAAGGUCUGGCUCGGCCUGUGGUAGCAGGCAUCGUGGCCACCAUUUGCUUCCUGGCGGCGGCCAUCUUGUUCAGCACGUUGGCCGCCUGCUUUGUCAAUAAGCAGCGGCGGCGGAAGCUGAAGAGAAGGCGAGAUCCCCCACUUUCGAUAACGCACUGCAGGAAAAGCGUCGAGACUCCGACUCCUCUUACCCCCUUGCCUGGCAUUGAGCCCUACUGGGAGGGGCCAGAUGGGAGCAGCUACAGGCCCCCGCCCACCAGUCCUCAGUCCUCUUCUGGGAAGCUGAGUCCUGAGAGUGUUCGUUCCAUGGGAGCACCAUCCGAGUCCUCGGAGGAUGGCCGAGGCCUGCAUGUGAAAAAAGCACCACCGAGUCCGGGCAAAGAGAAGGAACUCUCCCUCUACAAGAAGACAAAGAGAGCAAUAACCAGCAAGAAGUACAGUGUCUCUAAGCACGAGGCCGAGGCCACCACACCCAUCGAGCUCAUCAGCCGUGGUCCUGAUGGCCGAUUCGUCAUGGACCCAUCCGAAAUGGAGACCAGCGUCAAGCCCAGACGCAUCGAGGGCUUCCCCUUCGUGGAGGAGUCUGACUUGUACCCUGAGUUUCGGCAGUCAGAUGAGGAAAAUGAUGAUCCCGGGCCCAUGCCCCCAGUUAUGGCUACACUCAGACCCCACCAGAUCUCCCCCAUGUCCUCCAGCCAGGAGUCCUACAUGCAGCCCCCAGCCUACAGUCCCCGGUUCCAGAGGCCCAUGGAAGGUAUGACCAUCAUGGAGAGCAGCCGGCUUCAGGCCACAGGGCAGAUCAGAACCUCCCAGCAGCACAGAGUGUUUCCCCACGGCCAGUACUACGGCUACAUUGGCAGCCCUGGAGAGCCUGAGUCCCUGCCUCCCUUCUACAUGCCUGACACCAGCCCGCUUAGCUCUGUCAUGUCCUCACCCCCCUAUCUGCCUGAGGGGCCCUUUGGUCAUCCUACCAUUCCAGAGGAGAUGGGGGAGGGUGACAUCCAACACUACGCCGCUUCUGGCAGCACCCUUCCGCUCACCCACACCCCCUCCACUCGCUCUCCGGAGAUCUGGCAGCGACCGGAUUUCCCUUUCGCGAGCCUGGAGGAGCCUCACUUCAUCUUCCCACCUCACCACCCUUUACAUUUUCACCGGGAGCUUCCCUUGCCUCCUCCUCAUGUUCUUCCUCCUAGUAGCCUCCAGCCCUCCUCCCUUCAGGCUCCCUCAUACCCUGGUGUCCUGCAGCUGGAGGCCCCAAAGAGUCGCCCAGGCAAGUCUCCCAGCAAGGUCAAGCCUCAGGGCCUUCCAGCCAAGCGUUUACCUAUGCAAGAGGCACAGAGUCUAGGGCAGCUAAGACAUACAAGCCACGGUUUGGGUGUACCAGUAUUGCCUUACCCUGACCCGGCAGCCCACAUGGGCGGCCCAAGCACAUUUGGUAGCCUGGACACCCGGUGGUAUGAGCCUGGGCCUCGACUCAGCCCCAGGCUGGCUCGCAGGAUGGAGCCGAGCAUGCAUCAGGUGGUCCUCCAGCCAUCCCGACUCUCCCCUCUUACCCAGAGCCCCCUAAGUUCACACGAGGGCUCCCCAGAGAUUGUAGUGCGCCCCCGGCCCCGCCCGAGCAUCGUCCAGCCCCCCAUACCUCCGGAGAUGUCGGAGAUCACCCUGCAGCCCCCCUCUGCCGCCAGCUUCUCCCGGAGGUCCUCGCCCUCCUCCUCUCCCGCCCAGGGCCAGGGUAGUAGGCGGGCAAGCCCCAGCUACCGCUCCCACAUGGCCUUUGCUUCCACAGCAACAAGCUACCCGUCCCAGUCCCCAUCACCCCCCAUGGAAAGCAGCGACGUUUUCGGGCAGAUGCCAUCCCAGAGGAGGACAGACGAGGAGAUCCUUCCAUCAGAACCCUCUCCACCUCAAUUGUCAGCUUCAGGAAAACGUCUAGGUGCAUCGAGUGCCCCUGCAGGGUCUGAGAGGAUGGAAGCACUGAGAUACCAACGAGUUAAAAAAGCCAAGAAAAUGGUUAUGAACAACAACAACUCGAAAUCCAGAAAGAAAACAGGUGUGUCCACCUCUCAGACCCAGCAGCUCCACACCUCUCAGGUACUCCUGCCCGAAGAAGCUCUCUACCUCCGCAAGAAGAAGAAAAGGCCAGCCCGACAGGACCCAUAUGCCCGCUUUUCUGCUCUGCUCUACCGCCGGCCACCGCGGGAGGACCAGAAAGCCAUCCUGGCCAGCAUGGACACAGCAGACCCAGACCAUGCCACCCUCCUCUGAAGCCAACCAGGCCAAGUCCAUUUCUCCCCUCAGUCCCCUUCUCAGAAAGCCGCCCAACCCUCAAGAGAACACUCGUCCUCAAACAUCAUUCUCUCCAGCUCAGCGACUCAUUAGCCGUCGCCCUCAUCCAUAUUCAGAUGUGUAUCUUUUUGUUUUUAGUGUUAUGAUUUUUGAUAAUUCAGAGGAAAUUGGUGAUAUUCCAAAGUGUCCAAAGUUUUACUCCAGUGCAAAUUACCCUGCAAGGAAAAUUUAAGGGAAAAUAUUCUGAUCUUCCACAACUACAGUUGCUGUGCCGAAGUUACCAGAUCAGAAGGAGUCUGUACAAACAAACUAUAGUAAAGGAUGGAUUACAAUGUUCAGCCAUGUAAAAACAGUCAACAGCUCGUUCCUCGAUGUUCGUUCGACAGUAUUAUCACAGUGUGCUGAGAAGAAGUUGAUUUCAGUCUUCCCCUAUUGCGCCGUGGUAGGAGUUUUCGAUGCGGUCCCAGUUUAUGCCUCUCCUCUACUCUACUCACAUUCCUUCACUAACUUUGCUCUGCCAACACUCCCUGCCAAAAGGGGAAAUUAAUCUGUCAGUGAAUCACAGGGUUCUGUCUUUUGAAAAUAUAUACCUCAGGUCACUAAGCAGUUUACCGCAUGGACUGGGUCUUUGCAAUCGAUUACCAUACUCGCAACCGUCCCGUGCUGUGGGAUUUAUUUAUUUCACUGAGCUCUAUUUAUUGUUUUACCGUUUGAAAUUAAUUUAAUGACUAUUGUGUUUUAUUUAUGGCAAACACUGUCUAAAUUCAAUUCACUUAGGCCUUUUGCUGUGUUGACUUUGGGAAGGGAAUACCACACUGUAAUACAGUCAUACCUUACUGUCAAACAAUAUUAUGACAAUAUUUUCUAGAGUUGUGAAUUGAUUUCUUUUUAAUGAAUUGAGACUGGUAUCUUCUUAAGCCUCUGUUAAUAGAUCAGAAGCAUUUUCGUUGAAUCAUUGAUGCCAUCAUGAAGCGCUCAUUAUUUCCACUCGGUAGGAAAGUCAUUUAAAUGCAAAGCACAACAAGGAGUGCAUGUAUAUUUGAUGGCAGAAGAGGCAUCCGCUCUUUGCUGGUAUAAACAAAUUUAGUCUUCAACACUUUCAUGUAAUCAUAAACAGUGUCAAUAUUUUAUUACAAGCAUUACUGUCUUUGAUUACUUUCUUAUUUCUUUGCCGUUAGACAUGAAACAUUUGCCUUUUCUUGAUGUUUUCCUUUCACAUGCAAUUGCACUGGAGCAAAAUGUUGGAUUUUGUACUCGUACACUCCCACCUUAUUUCUGGGCACACUAACCCUGUGUGUCUUUGGAAUAGAGGGCUCCUAACCCUUUUAAAAAAGUACUAUAGUAAUGCCAAAAAUGCUACCGCUUCCUUAAUCAAUAAAAACAACACAAGUACUGUACUAUGAGGAUGAUAGGAUUUUGUGCCAUAUGGUACUAUAGUAUUUUUUCAUGUUUUUGGGAGGGCCUGUAUAAAAACUCAUAGACAGCUUCUUUGGGCCUAAGUAGGGCUCAUUCCAGGUUGCCUGUUCUACAUCUGUCUGCUGCGUUGCUUUUCUUUAUGAAAACUACAUCCACUGCCUUUUGUUACCA